UUGUUAUAGUAAUCAUAAUCAUCCGCCAUCGAUCAAAGCUUAUUCAAGAUUACUAGUAGUAGUCUUUGCUAAGCAACCAUAUUUAGUUUCAAUCUAGAAAUGCUUUUCAGUUUGAAAUAAUCUUUUUUCUUUGAGCAAUAAAUCUUUUAAUACUAAUCCAAAAAUCACCACCAUUUCGCUUGCUUGUUCUCCCCUUCCGGGCACCUCUUCAGCGGUUACAGCGGCUUGAUCAGUACAGUACACUAGCCGGAGCUCAACUCGGCCUUUUUGACACAAUUCCAAAAUACUUGGGAAAUGCUUUUCUGUUUCUAGGAAAAUACUUCUCUAGCUGGAAGGGAGGAUUCUUGGUUUUGAAUGAUUACAAGCACCUCCAGUUUAAUAGAUUUUCUGGUGUCUCAAUAAAGAUGCCAGAUUCGGCUGAAAAGUUUGGAAAAACCCACACAAACACUGCAGGUGUUAGGGGAGAGAGUGAAUAUGUGAGGCUUGUUAUUUCUGAUGAACCUAGAACAGCUGGAGAUGUUAAUUUGCAACCUCAAGCUUCAAGCAGAUGGUCUCUUAUUUGGUGGAUCAAGGCCUUCAUAUGGUGUUCAAGCACAGUUAUUAUUCUUCUUGUUCUUCUCAAAUGGGGACUUCCCUUUCUUUUUGAGAAGGUACUUAUGCCUAUUCUGCAAUGGGAAGCUACUUCUUUUGGUCGUCCAACACUUGCACUGGUGCUUGUUGCUUCUUUGGCACUAUUUCCUGUGUUUCUAAUUCCAUCUGGCCCUUCCAUGUGGCUGGCUGGGAUGAUAUUUGGAUAUGGUCUUGGAUUUGUGAUAAUAAUGGUUGGAACCACUGUUGGGAUGGUCCUGCCCUAUUGGAUUGGUUUACUCUUCAGAGACAAAAUUCAUCAAUGGUUAAAGAGAUGGCCCGAUAAAGCUGCUAUGAUCAGACUGGCAGCAGAAGGAAGUUGGUUUCACCAAUUUCAAGUGGUUGCCCUGUUCAGGGUCUCGCCAUUUCCAUAUACAAUUUUCAACUAUGCUGUAGUCGUGACAAGCAUGAGAUUUUGGCCAUACUUAGGUGGAUCAAUCGCAGGGAUGAUUCCUGAAGCCUUCCUUUACAUCUACAGUGGUCGGCUAAUAAGAACAUUUGCAGAUGUCAAGUACGGGAACUAUCAUUUGACUCCAUUGGAGAUAAUCUACAAUGUCAUUUCUUUUGUUGUAGCAAUCAUCACUGUAGUUCUCUUCACAGUCUACACAAAGAGGAAAAUGGAUGAACUUAAAAGGGCAGAGACCAAUGACUCAGAAUCUGCCCAUGGCAAUGAAAAUCGUGAGAUGGAGAAGCUUCCUCUUGAAAAGCCCAAACAAAUGAGUUUCCAAUCAUGACGGUGAUUUAUAUAUACAUAGCUUAGGCAUGUUUGGGAGUGUAUAUAAUCUGACUGAGCUUCCAGGGGAGUUCUUUUAGAUCCCUUGGGAAAUUGACAACUUGUAACUAGAUAAAUUGAAAUCCACAUCCAUUGAGAACAUAUAUCACAGCCUAACAUCUUCUAGUUCUGGAGGUUUUCUUGGUGUC